AUGUUUGCGCUACCUAGAAGGUGGAUACGUCAACUAGGUUAUCUUUUAUUGGUAUUCUUUAUUACGAUUGUGGUUCUUCUAGUGGCGAAUAGAAAUAAUGUUGGACUAAAUGAUUAUUUACCAACUGGGUUUUUACCAUCAUUUUUCCAGCCCGCUGCAGACCUGUUCAUUGUUGAUAUAGCUAUAAAGAAUUGCUUCAAGAUGAAGUCGAAGAAUGAAAAUUGUGGUCUUCCAGGUGCAUCUGAAGGGUUAAUGGGUAAUUUAUAUGGUUCAGGCCAGUGGCUCAAGAUUGAUAAAGAUUUAAGUCUAGGAUCUUCGUGGUACCGUAAGGAAUAUUUUUCUUAUAAAAAGGCAAAGAAGGAAGCAUUACAAGGAAAUAUUCUAACGGAAGAAGGUGCAAAAGAUGCAACACAAAAGAGGGGAGAGGCCGAGAAGAAUAAUCAAGUAAUAGUUGAUGUUGCGAUCUCUAAUCCUUUGAUUGACGCCAAAAUAUCAGAAAAUGAUAAAUUGAAUAUUCCUAUGUAUAUUUUAAAGGAAUUUCAUUCCGAGAAAGUGUAUGAUGAUGGUCAUCAUGAUGUGUUAGUUGAAAAGCAAAAGGCAAAGAUGAAGGGAGAAAAAUUGCAAGCAUUGACUGUGGAUAAGGAUAAAUCUGCAAGUAAUAAGAUCAAUAUAAAAUUGGAACAGGAUAGGCAGGCCGCAGAAAGUGCAAAUAGAGGGAAGGAUAAAGAAAAUGAAUUGAUCAAGAUAGAUAAGAUCAAAGGUGGUGAAGACGAUGAGAAGAAUCAAGAGGAAAAGAAUUCGAAUUCAUCAAGUAAGAAGAAGCCAGAAGAGAAAGAUACCCAGGAAAAAGAAAAUACAGAAGAGGGUACCAAGGAUGAUAUUAAGGACUCUGAGAAUAAGAAUAUAGAAAAAGUAAUCGAGAAUAAGAAGGAUGAAGCUUCACACGAUGACAAGGUAAAACGUCAAAAUUUAAACGAGAGAGGUACUGAAACUACUAGGCAUAAUUUGGAGGUAAGCUAUCAUAUUCCAACUAAAGAAGAAUUAGUCGCAUCAAGAUGGACUUAUAAAUCUAACGGUAUUUGGUUGAAAUAUGGCAACGCGGAUUCUAAUGCUAUAACAGGUAUUGACAUAUUGUUUGGUGAGGAUGCUGUGGACCCAAGACCGAAUUGGAGAUUAAUUAAAGAUGGUCCAUUGAGAGAAGUUUUGAGUCCUUCUGAUAAACCCGCGUAUAUUUCAAUUCGGAAAGGUCCUAGAGUUGAUUAUAAGAAAGAUAUUAAACCACUCAAGGUCAACCCCGAUGGAAAAUUUAAAAUUCUCCAGGUUGCUGACUUACAUUUCUCAACUGGUGUUGGUAAAUGUAGAGAUCCAUCGCCGGCGGAAACAAAGUCUGGCUGCCAGGCCGAUUCAAGGACAUUGAAGUUUUUAGAGAAAGUGCUCGACUUAGAAAAACCGGAUUUAGUCGUGUUGACUGGUGAUCAGAUCUUUGGCGAUGAAGCAAAGGAUUCAGAAACAGCUUUAUUUAAAGCCUUAAAUCCUUUCAUCAAGAGAGGUAUACCGUUUGCAGUUACCAUGGGAAACCAUGACGACGAGGGAUCUUUGUCUAGAACAGAAAUUAUGAGCUUGUCUGCAAACUUACCAUAUUCUUUAGCUUCCCUAGGUGCUGACGAAGUUGCCGGCGUUGGGAAUUAUGCUUUGACGAUUGAAGGACCUUCUUCCCGUAACACAGCUAUGACCUUGUUCUUUUUGGAUACCCACAAGUAUUCAUUAAACCCAAAGGUAACCCCCGGUUAUGACUGGUUGAAAGAAUCUCAGUUGAAAUGGUUAGAAAGAGAAGCUGCAAGUUUGCAAAAAUCAAUUGCAGCUUAUACUCACAUCCAUUUAUCAAUGGCCUUUUUCCAUAUUCCCUUGCCUGAAUAUAGAAACCUUGACCAACCUAUGGUCGGUGAAAAGAAGGAAGGCAUAACUGCUCCAAGGUACAACUCUGGUGCCAGGUCCACCUUAGGAAAGUUGGGGGUAUCAGUCGCCAGUGUCGGGCAUGAUCACUGUAAUGAUUACUGCUUACAAGAUGCAACAAAUAAUGAAAAUGAAAACGCUCUUUGGUUAUGUUAUGGUGGUGGAUCUGGUGAAGGUGGCUAUGGUGGCUAUGGUGGAUAUAUAAGAAGGAUGAGAGUUUUUGAUAUUGAUACUAGUGCUGGGGAGAUUAAAAGUUGGAAGAGAAAAGAAAGUGAGCCAAAUGUUGACUUUGACCACCAAACUUUGGUGUCAGGUGGUAAUGUCGUUAAUUCCAACUAG